AUGUUGGGUCUCGGAUCCCGAAACGAGUUCAAUGUCGAGUGGCAGACUGUGGUAAUCACCGGUGGCUCCGAUGGCAUGGGCAAAGCUGUCGCACUUCAGCUAUCCGCAAAAGGUGCAAACGUUGUCGUGGUUGCACGCACUGUCUCCAAGCUAGUGACUGCCGUCGAAGAGAUGAAGGCCAAGGCAGCGAAUAAAUUCAAGCAGAGAUUCCAUUAUAUCAGCGCCGAUCUCACUGAUCCGGUCGAGUGCGAAAGAGUCAUCGCAGAAGUCACAACAUGGAACUCUGGAGCUGUUCCUGACGUUGUUUGGUGCUGUGCGGGCUUCUCCCGCCCAGGAUUCUUCAUCGAUGUGCCCAUCCAAGAGCACCGGCAGCAAAUGGACACUGUCUAUUGGACCGCGGCCAAUACAGCUCAUGCCACCCUGCGCAGUUGGCUGGAGCCCGUUCAUCCAAGUGCACAGAUGAAAACAUCCCGCAGGCAUCUCAUUUUUACCUGCUCUACCCUUGCAUUCGUUCCUAUCGCUGGCUAUUCGCCCUACUCGCCUGCCAAGGCAGCCAUUCGUUCUCUAUCCGAUACUUUGAACCAGGAAAUCGAAAUGUACAACGGAGCCUACCAACGGCACCGCGGUGCCGCCCCUGCUGCGGACGUCAAGAUCCACACCGUUUUCCCUAUGGGGAUCCUCUCACCAGGCUUUGACAACGAGGAAAAGACCAAGCCUGAAUUGACAAAGAAACUCGAAGAAGCCGACAAGCCCCAGACGCCAUCGGAAGUCGCAAAAGUCUCUAUCAGUGCCCUCGAGCGUGGGGAGUACCUGAUCACUACCAAUUUUAUUGGCUCCCUCAUGAAAGGCACUGCCCUUGGGGCUAGCCCAAGAAAUGGCAUUGUCGGUGACACUCUGCUCAGCUGCCUCAGCCACCUGGUAUUCCUCCAGGUCAUUCCGGAGCUUCGCAGCAAGACGUUCACUUGGGGAAAGAAGAACGGGCUUCCCAGCGCCAACGGUACUCCGGCUUCGUAA